GAUGACGGACGCUUCACUUGGCUUUUAUUUUCUAAUUUCAGCAGAAAGUCAUUGAAGGUCCGUGUAGCUGCCAUGCCGACAUGCUAACAAUAGCACGCUUAGCUUUGCCACCCGCUGCAUCGCUCGCACACACACACACAUACACACACACACAGUCCCGUAGUUAGUUGAAAAGUGGAAAGAAACCUCGCCAGCACUACACCGAGAGCCUCCCCCGUCCAGGGCCCGUUUCACCGCCAACUUGUUGACUCGUGUGACAUUAAACCAUCGACCCGAGUCAGUUUAAAGUGUCGCGUUAGCCCCGUUAGCUAAUUGUGUUGGAGCUCGCAGGAGACACGAGGUGGCUCGAGCGUAGAGGAAACGUAAUUGGGACCAUGAAGUAGUAAGCUUCAAAUUGGCAGUUGGCUGAUUAACACACCUCCCUACAUCCAGUCCCCAGCAUCUGUGGGCCCCCCACCCAGCCAUGGCGGACCCAGGGAUGUUGAGCUUAUUUGGGGACGAUGCAGGGCUGUUCUCGGAUGGAUUGGAUGGCUUGGGGGACUGCUUUCCUCCACAACCUGCCUCCGCCCAGUCCAACCCUUUAACCCAGCAGAGUAAUCCCUCACUGAACCAUGAGCUCCAAGGAAACAGGGGCUACCACCAGGGUAUGAUCCACAACACCGGGGCCGGCGCUGGGCAACCUAAAUUGGGGCAGAUGUAUGACCAUGGCCCCUACACAGGCUACGAUCAACCUGGGGCCACCGGAGGGCGAAUGAUGGCCCAGAACGGCCCCAGCCAGGGACCACCAAACGUGAACACGGCCAUGAACGGCAUGGCUUCCCACUACCACAGUAACCCAGCCAACUCUAGUAACCCCCUCCAUGGGUACCAGGGUGAUGCUGGGACAGGUGGAGGUGGAGCUGGUGUUUGGGGACAGCAGACGCAGCAACAGCAGCAGACUAGAUCAGCGUAUCAGCAGCCUCCAACACAAGCAGGGGCCGGCCCUACCCAGAUGGGAGCCUACCAGAUGUCGCAAGGAAACUAUGGUGGCAUGCAAGGCCCGGCCGCACCCAAUGCAGCUCGCAUGAACCAACACUACCCGUCGCAGAGCAUGGUACCCCCUCCUGCUCAGGACCCAUCUCACUACCUGGGACAUGGAAUGGGUGGCGCUCAGAUGAGACUCCCCCAGCCCCAGGCACAAUCCCAGGGCUAUCCCAGCAUGGGCCACACAGCCCGAUACCCACAAUCCCCUUCCCGACAGCCUUCAAUCCCCCACCAGCACCAACAGAGCAUGGGAGGCUUUGGGAGUUCCCGGUACCCUGGCUAUCAGGCCCAGUAUGGAGCCAUGGGACCUGGGAUGGGACCGGGAGGCAAUGUCAAUGCUAACACAAGCGCGGCCAUGGGCCCCGGACAGCUCGGCCAGAGGUUUAACCAGGUAUCAACCCCAGCAGCUGGGCCACAGGUGCAGCGAUAUCCACCUGGACCACCGCACCAACCCCAACCCCAUUCUACCCCAAUGCAGCAGGCAGGGCAGCAGGGCCCGCCCAUGCACCCCCAACACCCUCAAAGUCUGCCCCAGGCCCAAAACCCGCCCCAAUCUCACCUUGCCCCCCCAGCUCAGGGAAAUUACCCCUCCCCGUCAUCAAUGUCCCCCAUGCGGGUUUUGGGGACCCCGACCCCUCCUCCUCAGCAGGGAAGACCUCCCAGCGCAGGGUUGGUUGGAGCUCCGGAGGUUGCAGGUUACGUAGCCCUGCAGUCUCAGCCCAAUGCUAUGGUGCAGAGACCCCCCCAAAUCCCUCUGUCUGCCCCACAGCCCCACAACAUGCCCCCCAGUGCAGGGCAGAUGUAUCCUGGCUUGGGGCCGCAGCGUGGUCCACAGAUGGGGCCAAGCAGGCCUCAGCUCCAGCCAGGGCCUCUUGAAGCUGCAGCCAGCCAGGGGGGAGACCAGCGUCUGCUCCAGGUCCCCCGAAGUGGGCCGCCCAUGCAGCCCACUCCCAUUGGUUUCCAGGGUCCUGCUGUCGGUCAGCACGGCGUCCCGGCCCCGACCCAGUGCUUGGCACUGCCUCCCCAGAGCACUCCAACGCAGCAUGCACACAUGCCUCCCCAGCCGCGCCACCUGCAGAGCACACCCCCGCUCCCCAACCAGGCCUCCCACCCCUGGGCGCCCCCUGCCUCCCACCCACUCUCCUCACCCCCUCUAACCCCACAGAAAGUGCCUCACGUACAGCAUUCCCCCACCGACCAGUCAGACGCCUCAAUGAUGGUUCCUGACAGGGCGACGGUUGGCGCCGGAACCACCGGCCAGCCAAUCAGCACAGAGCAGCCCAGCAACCAGGUGACCAAGCCAAAAAGGAAAAGGAAGAAGAAGACAAAGGUAGCGGCUGGAGAGGAUGAAGGAGGGAAGAAGGCGGCGAGAGAGGAAGCAGCAGCCAGAGAAGGAGAGGAAGACGCAAAGUCUGACUAUCUCGGAGCAGGAAGUGAUGCGGGUGAACAUGUGGCCGGCACAGGAACUGUAGAGGCAAGUUCUCCGCCGACAGAGGAGAAAAAGAAGCGGAAAAAGAAACCAAAGGAGAAGGUAGAGGGCAAUGAGCCUAAGGCCCCGAAGACGCCCAAAACCCCCAAGACCCCCAAAGAGCCCAAGGAGAAGAAAGCCAAGACCAAGACCCCCAAGAAACCCAGCAGUAAGAAGGUUGAGCCCGAGGGCGUUUCCAGUGCUGCUAAGAAGGAUUCCAAGAGGAAGAGAGAGCCGUCUGUCAGUGAAGACGUGGAGGUGAAGUCUCCCCCUCCGUCGCCUCCUGAGGAGGAGGACGAUGACGGUGUCCAGAAGCGUCGCUCCAGCCGGCAGGUGAAGAGGAAGAGGUACACGGAGGAUCUGGAGUUUAGGAUCUCGGACGACGAUGACAGCGGAGACGACUCGCCGGCACCAAAGUCCCCGUCGUCACAGCCCCAGGACGUGGCUGAGGCCGAGGGGCCUAUUGUGGAGAAGAUCAUGAGCAAACGCAUCACCAAGAAACAGCUGGAGUUGGGGGAGGAAGUGCAGGUGGAGGAGUUCUACGUCAAGUUCAAGGGCUUUUCGUACCUUCACUGUCGCUGGGCAGACCUGGAGGAGCUGGAGAAGGACAAGAGAAUACACCAGAAGGUCAAGAGGUUCCGGGCUAAGCAGCAACUUAACAGCUUCAUCACUGAGAUGGAUGACGAGCCUUUUAACCCAGACUACGUGGAGGUGGACCGCGUCCUGGACAUUUCAGAGAGCCCAGAUGAAAACGGAGAGACGGUGACCUUGUAUCUGGUGAAAUGGUGCAGCCUGCUUUAUGAAGACUCUACUUGGGAGCUGAAGGCUGACAUCGACCAGUCCAAGAUAGAGGAAUAUGAACGCAUCGCAGCACGCACACCCAACACUACAAGAGUGGAUCGGCCUCCUGCAGCCGACUGGAAACAGCUGGAGGGCUCCAGGGACUACAAGAACAGCAACGCACUCAGGGAAUACCAGCUAGAAGGCCUCAACUGGCUAACCUUCAACUGGUACAACUCACGUAACUGUAUCUUGGCGGACGAGAUGGGUCUAGGCAAGACCAUCCAGUCCAUUACAUUCCUCUACGAGAUGUUCAUGAGGGGCAUCGAGGGUCCCUUCCUGGUCAUCGCUCCGCUCUCCACCAUCCCCAACUGGGAGAGGGAGUUCAGGACCUGGACGGAGCUCAACGCGGUGGUCUACCACGGCAGCCAGGCCAGCCGCAAGACCAUCCAGGCCUACGAGAUGUACUACAGAGACACACAGGGUAAGAUAAUAAAGGGAGCAUAUCGGUUCCACGCCAUCAUAACAACCUUUGAGAUGAUUCUGACCGACUGCCCGGAGCUGCGCAGCGUGAAUUGGCGCUGCGUGGUGAUCGACGAAGCCCACCGCCUCAAAAACCGCAACUGCAAACUAUUGGAAGGACUGAAAAUGAUGGACAUGGAGCACAAAGUUCUGUUGACGGGAACUCCUCUCCAGAACACUGUGGAGGAGCUCUUCAGCUUACUUAACUUCCUGGAGCCGGAGCGCUUCCCCUCUGAACAGACAUUCAUGACCGAAUUUGGAGACCUGAAGACUGAAGAGCAGGUUCAGAAACUGCAGGCCAUUCUGAAGCCCAUGAUGCUGAGAAGACUGAAGGAGGACGUGGAGAAGAACCUAGCCCCGAAGGAGGAGACCAUCAUUGAGGUGGAGCUGACCAACAUCCAGAAGAAAUACUACAGGGCCAUUCUGGAGAAGAACUUCUCCUUCUUGUCUAAAGGAGGUUCUGGUGGAGGAGGAGGAGGUGGUGGAGGACCAAACGUCCCAAACCUCCUCAACACCAUGAUGGAGUUGAGGAAAUGCUGCAACCACCCAUACCUCAUCAAUGGAGCGGAAGAGAAAAUUGCAGAGGAUUUCAGGGAAUCCCACGGCGGCAGGGCGGAUAUGCCGGACAUGGCCCUCCAAGCCAUGGUCCAGGCCGCAGGCAAGCUGGUGCUCAUCGACAAGCUGCUGCCCAAACUGAAGGCUGGCGGUCACCGAGUCCUGGUGUUCAGUCAGAUGGUCCGCUGCCUGGACAUCCUGGAGGACUACCUCAUCCAGAAAAGGUAUCCCUACGAACGCAUAGACGGCAGAGUUCGGGGAAACCUGCGGCAGGCGGCCAUCGACCGUUUCUCCAGACCCGACUCGGACCGCUUUGUCUUCCUGCUGUGUACGAGAGCCGGAGGACUCGGCAUCAACCUGACUGCAGCAGACACCUGCAUCAUCUUCGACUCGGACUGGAACCCUCAGAACGACUUGCAGGCCCAAGCCAGGUGCCACCGCAUCGGCCAGUCCAAGGCAGUCAAGAUCUACCGUCUGAUCACCAGGAACAGCUACGAGAGGGAGAUGUUCGACAAGGCCAGUCUUAAGCUGGGGCUGGACAAGGCCGUCCUCCAGAGCAUGAGUGGACGAGACAAUGCCAACAGUGGGGUCCAGCAGUUGUCCAAGAAGGAGGUGGAGGACCUGCUGAGAAAGGGAGCGUACGGGGCUCUGAUGGACGAGGAGGACGAGGGCUCCAAAUUCUGCGAGGAAGACAUUGACCAGAUCCUCCAGCGACGAACCCACACCAUCACUAUCGAGUCUGAGGGAAAGGGCUCCACUUUUGCUAAGGCCAGUUUUGUUGCAGCGGGUAACCGAACCGACAUUUCUCUUGAGGAUCCGGACUUCUGGCAGAAAUGGGCCAAGAAGGCUGAGCUUGACCUGGACGCCAUGAAUGGAAGGAACACGCUGGUGAUUGACACGCCUAGGGUGAGGAAGCAAACGCGGCACUUCAGCAGCGCCAAAGAUGACGAGAUGUUGGAGUUCUCUGAGCUGGAGAGCGACGAGGACGAGCCGAGCAAGCCCACGUCCAAACCCAGACGGCCCCAGGACAAGACCCAGGGCUACCCCCGGUCAGAGUGCUUCAGGGUGGAGAAGAACCUUCUGGUCUACGGGUGGGGCAGGUGGAGCGACAUCCUGGCUCACGGUCGCUUCAAGCGGCCCCUGAAGGAGCCCGACGUGGAGACAAUCUGCAGGGCCCUGCUGGCCUACUGCCUGCUGCAUUAUCGCGGAGACGAGAACAUCAAAAGCUUCAUCUGGGACCUGAUCACCCCAAGUGCAGAUGGGACCACCAAGACACUGACCAACCACUCGGGUCUCUCCACUCCGGUCCCCCGAGGCAGGAAGGGCAAGAAGGGGAAGCCUGCAGCCCCGCCUCCACAGACACCACGAGCCGAUUGGCUGGCCAGCUGCAACCCUGACCACUUACUGCAAGAGGAUAGCUACAAGAGACACCUGAAACACCACUGUAACAAGGUGCUGCUGCGGGUGAGGAUGCUGUACUACCUGAGACAGGAAGUGAUUGGGGACCAGGCCGAUCGCAUCCUGGAAGGAGCUGACUCCAGCGAGCUGGACAUCUGGAUCCCUCAGCCUUUCCACGCCGAGGUGCCGGCCGACUGGUGGGAGACCGAAGCCGACAAAUCCCUGCUCAUCGGCGUCUUCAAACAUGGCUACGAGAAGUACAACUCUAUGCGAGCCGACCCCGCCCUGUGUUUCUUGGAGAGGGUGGGCAUGCCCGACGCCAAGGCCAUUGCCGCUGAGCAGAGGGGCUCUGACAUGAUGACAGAUGGCGUUGAGGGUGAGGAUGAGGAUCCAGAGUACAAGCCCCUGCGGAUGCCUUUCAAAGAUGAAAUGGAGGACUUCACCAACUCUCCUUUGGAUGACAAAGAUGAGCAUGCGGACGGUGAGGUGGAAGCUAAAUCCGGUGAAAACGGUCAGGGCGUGGGCGGAGCCUCGGGCUCCAACGAGCGACUCUACUGGCCGGCGGCCUCGGCUCUCACUGCCCGGCUGCGUCGCCUCAUCACGGCCUACCAGCGCUCCAACCGCAGGGAGCAGCUCCGCCAGGAGGCCCUCAGCCGGCCCGACGGCCGCCGCCGCCGCCGCAGGGACUUCCUGCCAGCCAUUGGCAUGGUUACCGACGCGUCGGGAGGAGGAGCAACUUAUAUCCAAGAUGCUGCGGCGGUGUUCAUGACGGACGGAGGCCCGUACCUGACUAAAGGAGGGGCCUACUUUGCCAAAGGGGGGCAAUUCCUGCCGGAGGCGUCGCCGGUGGUGAACGCCAGCUCGCUGAUGACGGAUGGCGCCUUGUAUUACAAGGAAAGACGACAACGGUGGACUCGUCGCGAGGAGGCGGAUUUCUAUCGCGUGGUGUCCACCUUUGGAGUCGUCUAUGACACCCAGCGGCAGAGAUUUGACUGGGCGCAGUUCAGGGCCUUUGCUCGACUGGACAAGAAAACCGAUGAGAGCCUGGAGAAAUACUACUACUCCUUCAUUGCCAUGUGCAAGCGCGUGUGCAGGAUGCAGGUCAAGACGGAAACCGAACUCCCUGACCCGACCCUGAUCAUCGACCCCAUCACAGAGGAGCGCGCCUCUCGCACCCUGUACCGCAUUGAGCUGCUCCGCCGCAUCCGAGAGCAAGUCCUCCCCCACCCGCUGCUCUCGGAGCGCCUCAAGCUUUGCCAGUCCUCCCCGGACCUCCCAGAGUGGUGGGAGAACGGCCGCCACGACCAUGACCUCCUCCUGGGGGCCUGCAAGCACGGUGUGAGCCGGACAGACUACCACAUCCUAAACGACCCCGCCUUGGCCUUCCUGGAGGCCCACCAGCGCUCCACCGGCCAGGGGGCCGCGGCCCAGGGCGAGAUCACCAAAGCAGGACUGGGAUUGGCAGAGAGCAACCCUGUGCCCCUCCUCACCGCCGCGGAGAUGGCAAGCGCUGCCGAGGCUGCCAAAGUGUCCCUUAUUGCAGCUAAAGAGGAGGAUGGCGAAGAGAAGGUGAAAAUGGAAACAGAGGAAGGAGAUGCGGGGGACAUCCUGCUGGUCAAGAGUGAACGUGUCGAUGAACAGAAGGGAAAUGAGGAAUGUACCGCUUCGCCAACAAAAGAGGUGAAGAAAGAGGAGGAGGAAGCCAUGCCCGAACUGAAAAAAGAGGAGCAGAAAGUGGGGCAGACUGAAGACGGAGAGACAUCCUCAAAGCCGGCAGACAACCAAGACAAAGGCCGGACGGAAGAGAAGACAAGCGCCGACUCGCUGGAGGACCAGACGGAGACGACCGCCGAGCUCUCAGAGCAUCCGGACUCUUCUCCAAUAGACCCACCAGGCCACAAGGCUGCAGAGCAGGAGGACCGGGAGGAGAAGGAGCUCCCAGACUCCCCUAAAACUCCUAAGUCAGCCGAGACGGAGAAAAGCCCGGAGGACGAGGACGACGAGGACGAGGAGAGGAUGGAUGAGGAUGACAAAUCGGAGAAGUCCUCUCAGGCUGAAGUGAGCGCUGCAUCCGAACAGAAGAACUUUGACGAGGACAGCAUCGCGUCGCUGAGCACGUCGGCCAGAGACGGGUUCCACCCCGACGACCUGCCCGAGACCUCUGCCCUGCAGGCCCUACACGACCGCUCCUACGCCUUCUCCUUCUGGCCCAAGGACCGAGUGAUGAUCAACAGGAUGGAUAACAUCUGUGAGGUGGUUCUGAAGGGCAAGUGGCCUGUAAACAGGCGGCACAUCUUUGACUUCCCCGGCAACAUGCUACCGGGGCAAAGCGCCGCUGUCGCUGCAGCAGCAUCCACCGUCGCCACAGUGACCGUCAGCCCGCUACAGAGGCGGAGCCUCGCCGAGCUGACUAUGGCCGGCAUGCACACAGCUUACAGCGGGAGUGAGGAUAAAACGCUAUCGCCACAGGUUCAUGAGGACGCUCUCAGCCUGACGGCGCCUCGCCAGAGGAGGAGGAGGCGGAGAAAGAUUGAGAUCGAGGCGGAGAGGGCGGCCAAGAGGCGCAACCUGAUGGAGAUGGUGGCUCAGCUGAGAGAGAGCCACUCUGCCGCCGAGUCCCAGAGCCAGGCCAUCGACCUCACCAAGGGCAUGCACCUUCACCACAAGGCUGCUCCCUCAUUGGCCGGCUUCCCCAGUGCCCUGGUGACAAGCCCCUCACUCAAGGCCCAGAUGGAGUUACUGCAGCAAGCCCCGCCCUCCGGACACAGAGCCAACGGUUCACUGGAGGCUGACCUGCCCAUCACAAGGAGAAGGCGGGGCCGCAGGAAAAAUGUGGAAGGCCUGGAUCUGCUGUUCAUGGGCAACAAGAGAGCAGGAGGGGAUGACACCGAUGGGACAAAAGUCUCAGGUGCAGAGGGGGUCAAGGCCCAAAGACCCCUCAGCGUCCCCGAGCAGAGCCCCAGUGCCAGGUCUCUGGCCUCUGGAAGUCUGGAGGAGGACGAGGCAGCCGUUUCCAACAAGGAGCUGGGGGAGUGGCUGAGGCAGCACCCUACAUACACAAUGGACAUGACUGGAUUCACACCAAAGAGCGACGAUGCACUGCUGUCGCAGUUCUCCAAGCCCAAGCAGAAGCGCCACCGCUGUCGGAACCCAAACAAGAUCGACAUCAACACCCUGACCGGAGAAGAGCGAGUGCCUGUAGUCAACCGACGCAACGGACGCAAGAUGGGCGGAGCCAUGGCUCCACCCAUGAAGGAGCUCCCCAGAUGGUUGCUGGAGAACCCGGAGUAUUCUAUAGCCCCCGAUUGGACCGACAUCGUCAAGCAGUCGGGUUUCCUCCCGGAGGCCAUGUUUGACCGCCUACUGACCGGCCCCGUGGUCAGGGAGGAGGGCGUCCGCCGCCGAGGGCGACGGCCAAAAUCUGAGAUCGCCAAGGCGGCCGCCGCCGCCCAGGCCUCGGCAGCGGCUCACGCCGCCCAAGCCUCGGCUGCUCAAUCUGCAGGCGGAAUCAACCCUCUGCUGUUGAACAGCCUGUUUGGAGGGAUGGACCUGUCGUCCCUGCAGAGCCUCCAGUCGCUCCAGUUGGCCGCUGGUCUGAUGGCGUUCCCUCACCCCAGCGACCCCAAGCAGGCUGCCGCUGCUGCCUCCAUGCUGCCCCUCAUGCUGCCCGGUAUGGGAGGCAUGCCCAACAUGGCUGCCCUCCCAAACAUGUUCAGCCUAGGCGGCCUGUUCGGCGGCAAUCUGGCUAAUGCCGCUGCCGCUGCCGCCGCGGCAUCAAGCUCCAUGGCUGCCACGUCACGGAACACCAACGGAACAACGGGGGCCGAGGGACGAGACGGCGACGAUGCGGCCAAGACGAAGGAUGAGGAGGGAGAAGACUUUGAGGAAGGAGGGGACGAUGAGGAAGAGGAGGAGGAGGAGGAGGCUGAGGGUAAUGAGGAAGGGGCCGAGAAGGCGAAAAAGAAGAGCAGACGAGCGGCGCAGAAAUCUCUACACGAGGCGACUGGAGCUCCUCAAAUCCCCCCCGCCGACUCGUCGGCAGAGGCCUGCAUCAACGGCGACGCCGCAGCGCUGCUGGCCGCGGCCGGCAUGUCGGCCAACUCGCUGGCGUUCAACCCCUUCCUCCUCUCCACCAUGGCCCCCGGCCUCCUCUACCCCUCCAUGUUCCUGCCUCCCGGCCUCGGGGGGCUCAGCCUGCCCGGCUUCCCCACCGCCUCCACCCUGGCCGAGCUGCAGAGCGCCAUGGCCGGAGCGCUGGGGGGGAACCCCGUGACCACGAACCCCCCCAGAGACGAGGACGAGGAUGAGAAGGAGGGGCUGAAAGCUUCCGGAGAGGAAGAGGAGGUGGAUGGAGGAAAGAGUGACUUUGGCGAGGAGGAGGGUGGAGCAGAGCCGAGAGCAGACGAUUCGGCCCUGGAGGACGAGGACGAGGCGACGUCUCCACAGAAGGACAAGAGUGACUGAAGCGUGACGGGCCUUGGACAUUUCCUCACACGCCUCCACCAGAAGAACCCAAACCAUCAUGUCGCUGAUUUCUCACCAUUUGUGUUACUUUUUGUCGAGCAGGAAUCUCUACUACGAGUCAGAAGUGUGUUGACUUAAAUCUCUGACCAGUAGUGUAGUGAGGGAGUCCUCCAGCCCCCCCCCCCCCCCCCCCCCCAUCCUUCCAACAGGACUCCACAGAAUUCCAGUAGUACAUUUUCUUUUGUUGUUGUUAUUGCUGCGUUCAGCUCACGUCUAUAUUUUGCUUCCCUCGUCGUCUGGACUGUUGUUGGCAGCCUUCUUUCAAACAGAAAGCAUCAUGACAGCUGUCUGUCUGACCAAGCUGCUGCAAAAGGAAUUGUGGGUAAUGGAGUUGAUUUGAGCUGUCGUGUUUCGGAGCAGACUAUUUGUUUUUUUUCUAGUUCUCACAUAUCAGACCAGGUGAACUCUGAGGAGGAAAAGAGGACUGGACUAAAACACCCCGCCCACACACUAACCCCGUCGGCCUUCCUGUCAUGUGACUGUUUAGUGGGAGGCGGCUGUUUUCCUUUGAGCGUGCGAAUGCACACUGCACCGAUACUGUUGACCCAGUCCCACACUGUUUGAAUGCCAGUCUUUCCACUGCCACGUCUGAAUCCUGUGUCUCUCUUGGAGGCGGCUGGUUUUGUGCCUGGGGGGCGCGCCGGCUGCGUCUGCCGCCUCUCGAUUGGUCCGCUCUGCACCGCCGGAACCAGCCAACCCCGUUUGGAGUUUUUUUUCUGUGAAUGGAUUCGGAGCGGUGGUUCUCACAGGGAUGUGAGGUUUCAGGUUUCUUCUUUUCAAGGGGGUGGGGUGCGGGGGGGACAUGCAAUGGUUGAUUUUUCUUUUCUUUUCCAGUCGCUGCCACAUUAAUAAUCCUUUUAUUUUUGUGAUUUUUUUUUUUUUUAAUCUCUAUAUGUCCCGGUAGUUUCAAAGUGCUGCUCCCUGGUCCCUUCUCCCGAGACUGUUUCUGUAGUCACACACACUGACACCUGGCCAGGACACAAUGUCCACAUGACGCUCCACUCAAAGGGUGCAGACGGCGUCCCAUUUGUCUCGCUUUGUCCCCGAGGCCAGUUCACGUGUCCACAAAUCGAGCGCCGGUCCAUUCUCACUCACACACACACACACACACUCCCACACUGUGGCCAGGUCAUGUUAACAUUUGCUAUCACAGCCAGCCCAGCAGAUGCAGAGAGAGGGAGAAAGGGGGGGACGAGGGGGGAGAGAUGGGUUUUUUUGCUGCCUGGAAGACGCCUUCCCCUUGAGUUCCUUGUUCUCCUCUUGAAUGCUGAGACAGCAAUAACCAAGGCAGCUUUUGAAUGUUUCAACAUCACUCUCCCAACACACACACACACACACACACACACACUAUAUGAAUAACCACAGUGUCGUAUGAAUAGAAAUAAACUAAACAAACUGUAAAUGAUGACAAAUAAGUACUGCAAUCAAUUUUGUCUCACUCUGUUCCUGUUGAUGCACUGGUGUUAAAGAGUUAAAAUAAUCAGGUACCUUUAUUACUUAGAUACUUUUUCUUGAAAAAAAAUGGACUUUUUGUUACUUUUAGCCAGCAAGCUGAAGAGCAUUACCUCAAAAUUCUUAUCUAGCCUUGAAGUUUACAGACAUACCAUGUAAAUGUUUUUUUUCUUCUUUUUUUGAUGUUUGUCUUUUUGUUUUUUGGAGACAUCAUGUAAGAUGAAUUGUAGCUAUGAUGCUUUUAAUAAAAGUGACUCAUGAUACUCGCCUAGGAAACCAAA